CCGAUUUGAGCAAAAUAUUCAUGUUUACCUUUGACAAUGCUUCCUUUGAGGAGAGCCUUUUUGGCAGUGCGGGGGAGACAGUGCAGAUUAUAUUCUACCCCCAAUAACGGGAAUGCCAGAAAGGGCUUGGUGCUGGGAGUGUACGAGGAGGGCGAAGAUUGCAGUUUUCGUCUGACGGAGACAGCGGCAGGUUUUGACAAAGCUCUGUCAGGAAAACUGUCAGAUCUACUGAAAAUCUCUGGUCCAGCUCUGAAGAAAGGCAAAAAUAGAAUCUUUUAUGGACUUCACGAGGACUUCCCAUUUGUGGCAGUACUUGGUUUGGGUAAGAAAAAUGCAGGGGUGUGUGGGGCAGAGAAUUGGGACACCUGCAAGGAGAACAUCAGAGCAGCAAUGUCAGCGGGCUGCAGGUUGCUACAAGACCUGGAGGUGAACCAUGUGGAAGUGGAUAGCUGCGAUGAUGCCCAGUCAGCAGCAGAAGGUGCCAUUCUGGGUUUAUUUCAGUAUGACCAGCUCAAAUCCAAGAAGAAGACCAAAGUAAUCACACAGCUGUGUGGAAGUGGUGACAUGGCAGGAUGGGAGAAAGGAAUAUUGUACGGAGAGGGCCAGAAUCUGGCCCGCCUACUCAUGGAAGCACCAGCAAAUCAUAUCACUCCCACCGUGUUUGCAGACACCAUCGAGGAGAAGCUAGCACUUUAUGCUGAACAUGUAGCAGUUCACAAAAGGCCUCAGGCUUGGAUAGAAGAACAACAGAUGGGGGCAUUCCUAAGUGUUUCCAAAGGGUCAGAGGAGCCCCCUGUCUUCCUGGAACUGCAUUACAAUGGUUGCCCUGACAACACUCAGGCCCCACUGCUAUUGGUUGGCAAGGGUAUCACCUUUGACAGUGGUGGUAUAUCUCUUAAACCAUCCUCUGGUAUGGAUGCUAUGAGAGCUGAUAUGGGUGGUGCUGCCACUGUGUGCGCAUCCAUUGUCACAGCAGCAGCCCUUAAACUGCCAAUCAACAUUGUUGGUCUGGCACCUCUGUGUGAGAACAUGCCUAGUGGAAAAGCCAAUAAACCAGGUGAUGUUGUUAAGGCCAAGAAUGGAAAAACAAUACAGGUUGAUAACACAGAUGCAGAGGGUAGGCUGAUCCUAGCUGAUGCGCUCUGUUAUGCACAUACCUUCAACCCCAGAGCCAUUGUCAAUAUAGCUACACUAACAGGGGCUAUGGAUGUUGCUCUUGGCUCGGCAGCAACUGGAGUCUUCACAAACUCUGAUUGGCUUUGGGAGCAGCUGCAUAAGGCCAGUGUAGUGACAGGUGACAGAGUGUGGCGAAUGCCCCUGUAUCAGCACUACACCAGACAAGUGACUGACAGCCAGCUGGCUGACCUCAACAACAUCGGCAAGUACAGCCGCUCUGGUGGUGCCUGCACAGCAGCUGCAUUCCUAAGGGAGUUUGUUACAGCUACUCAUUGGGCCCAUCUGGAUAUUGCUGGGGUGAUGAGUAACAAGGACGAAGUUCCCUACCUGAGAAAAGGCAUGUCCGGAAGGCCUACACGCACGCUGGUAGAGUUUGCCUCAAGACUAGCCAGCAAGACCUAAGAGACACAAAUUCAGAUGGAAACAGGUGACCCACUUGGCAAGAAAACUCCCCUCCUCCUAGAUGUGAAGUAAAGAGGGUCAGGACACAAGAGUGAUUUUUUCAUGGAGGAAGAGCUCGACCGACCAAGGUCCCAGGGCCAUGUACAACUCUGGGACAAUGUAUCCCCUGAGCUGAACAUAAUUUUACCAUUCUUCGGAAUAAAAAGUAGACAUUAUCGAUUGUGUUUAUUUUUUCAAUAGGACUUGAAUAUGUUCAUCUUAUAGAUACAGU